CAAGGCCGAAAGGGAGAUGUUGUGGGUGGUUUCUGACCGGAAUAGUUGCGGCGGCGAUCGGCGUAUCUAUAUAUGUGCUUAUUCUGAAACACAAGGAUGAAGAGCCUUCGGGAGUCACUAACCAGAAAUACGCUAAUGCUCUUAAAGUUGCAUUGCAAUUCUUCAACAUACAGAAGGCUGGGAAGCUGGACAAAAACAGAAUACGGUGGAGGGGGGAUUCGGCGCUCAAAGAUGGAAGCGAAGCGAAGCUGGAUUUGAGCAAAGGAAUGUACGAUGCAGGAGACCUCAUUAAGUUUGGUUUCCCGAUGGCUUACACUGCAACUGUGCUGUCAUGGGCGAUCCUCGAGUAUGGCGACCGAAUGGCCGUCGUCGACCAGCUUGAACCUGCCCGUGACUCGCUCAAAUGGAUAACUGACUUCUUGGUCAAUGCACAUCCCUCUCCUAAUGUCUUGUACAUUCAGGUCGGGGAUGCAGAACAUGACCAUAGUUGUUGGGAAAGACCAGAAGACAUAAAUAAUGAUAGACCAUUGAUCCAAGUGAAUGCUUCUGUUCCCGGAACGGAUGUUGCAGCUGAAACCGCAGCAGCUAUGGCAGCGGCAUCCCUCGUGUUUAAAUCAACUGACGCUGAUUAUUCAACCUUGCUUUUGAAACACGCCAAACAGUUGUUCACCUUUGCUGACAAAUAUCGAGGAUCGUACAGUGAAAAUAUCCCCGGAGUAGCAACAUAUUAUAAUUCGACUGGGUAUGGGGAUGAGCUUUUAUGGGCAGCAAGUUGGCUCCAUCACGCAACGGGUGAUAGGUCUUAUUAUGAGUAUGCAACUGGGGAGAAUGCGGAGAAGUUUGUGAAAUGGGGAAGUCCGACUUGGUUUAGCUGGGAUGAUAAGUUUCCUGGAGCUCAGGUUUUGAUUUCCAGGGUGAGUUUCUUUAAGAAAAAAGCCUCCCUCUCGAACUCAAUUACUCUCCAGAAGUAUAGAGGCACUGCAGAAGCAGUCAUGUGUGGUCUCUUACCAACAUCUCCAACCGCCACUUCUAGCAGAACAGACUCUGGUUUGAUAUGGGUAAGUCAAUGGAAUGCUUUGCAACAUCCUGUCGCCUCUGCCUUCUUAGCAGUCGUUUAUAGCGAUUACAUGCGUUCUUCUCACACCACUAAACUACUAUGUGAUGGCAAAUAUUUUUCAUCAUUCGAUCUCCGAAAAUUUGCCAUGUCACAGGCUGACUAUGUGUUGGGAGAUAAUCCAAUGGGGAUGAGCUACCUCGUUGGGUAUGGAGAUAAGUACCCGAAAUAUGUUCAUCACAGAGGAGCCUCGAUCCCCGAGGAUGUGAAAACCAGUUGCAAAGAAGGCUUCAAAUGGCUUGAAUCACCCAAACCAAACCCGAACGUCGCAAUUGGGGCAUUAGUUGGUGGACCAUUUCUAAACGAGAGCUAUGUUGAUGCAAGGAACAACUCUAUGCAGGGAGAACCGACCACGUAUAAUAGUGCACUCCUUGUUGGUCUCCUUUCUGGUUUGGUUACCACCUCUUCAGUGGUUCCAUCUUUUGUAUGAGGCAGGUGGUUCCUAGCUAAUACACAACUUUAUUCAUGUACAUAAACCCAACAUUAUACAUCUUUAUGUAUACACACACACACACAAUGCAUGUACAGAGUAUAUCUUAAAAUUCCUAGGUUCUUGAAUGUUGCUAUGUAAUGUAUGUAUGUAUACAGAAUAAUGGUUAUGUACUUGUACUGAAUAUGGGGUAACAGAUGGCAAACUUUUUGUAAGAG